AUGGCGCAGCUCCGGCGAAGCUGCUUUCUUUGUGAGGGCAGUCCUGUGGGUGCAGAGCUGAGAGAACUGAAUGACUGGCUGGCAGAGGCCAACUUCCAAGGGGGCCGCGGUGCAUUAGAAGGUCUGGAGGUGCACAUGAAGCAAGUUUUAACAUGGCCGGAGGAUGUGGUACUCUUCUUGGCCUUGCCUAAGCGCAUGGCAGCUGCUCGGGACAAGAUCGAGAAGGUCGUGAACCUCAGGGCGAGCAACUCCCUGUGUGUUCUGCUCAUCUUUUCCGAAACCAGCAACAGCCCGGAUCCUUCUGUCAGCCCUCCGGGCCAGAUGAACAAGAAAGACGAGCUGCAAGCCAAGGAAUUGCGACCCUACCGUCAUAGCAAGGCGGAGUUUAGCUACUUGGUGGUUUCAGACUUGGGGCGUCUUCUUGCCCUUUGGAGAAAGCUCCAGGCCACACGGGGCCACGAUCUCUCGAGCUUGUUGACGGAGGCCGGCAAGGAAGAGAACGUGCUAGAGCACCUGGAAACGACAGCUAUGACAAGCUUCACAUCCCUGGUCGUGACCUUCGGCUCUUCUUGUGAUGCCUGCGGCACCCUGGAGGAUGCGGUGCGGACCGGGCACCUCACGUGCGUGCAGCAUCUGCUGGCGAGGGGUCGGGAGGUGCCGUCUGCGGAGCUCUCGCCCCUACACCUGGCGGUUCUGAAAGCUGGGCGGAAGAAGGCUGAGGUCUUUGGCAAGAUGGCGAAGCUCCUCUUGGCAGCCAAGCAUGAUCCCGGUCCUCCCCACCUCUUUGGGCAUCAGCCCGUUGCACUGGGCCGCUGGCUACGGGCAAUCCACCCUUGUGUGGACCAUGUUGCACUUAGAAGGCACUGGUGA